UUUCACCUACCACUUCUUCUAUAUCCCAACGUGAAAGAACUGCGUCUCCCUCUCUCCUUGUUUUUUAUAUUUCAUUCCAAUUUCAUCUACCAGUUAAACGCAUUCUCUCAAACAUCAAACACCAAUCUCUCUCUCUCGCUCGCUCGCAUUUCCAAUGGCGAUUGCUCUCAAGCCCGGAGUAAGCUUCCUCCGAUCGAGAAAUGGAGAAAUCAGAUUCGCCGGCUCUUCGCGUAGCUCAUCGGUUUCCCUCAGGAGAUUGACGCCGAUGGCUGCUCUUGCGACCACCUCCGGUUCCACCCGUGGCCUUGCGGAUACUUUUACAGAGCUGAAGAAACAAGGGAAAGUGGCAUUAAUUCCGUAUAUAACAGCCGGUGAUCCAGAUCUCUCCACCACUGCAGAAGCACUUAAAAUCUUAGAUAACUGCGGUUCGGACAUUAUUGAGUUGGGUGUACCUUAUUCCGAUCCACUUGCAGAUGGACCGGUCAUUCAGGCUGCAGCCACUCGGUCCUUGGCUAAGGGAACCAAUCUUGAUAACAUUCUCUUGAUGUUGGAUAAGGUUGUUCCCCAGUUAUCGUGUCCAAUUUCAUUGUUCACUUAUUACAACCCAAUUCUUAAGCGCGGGCUGAGGGAGUUUAUGUCUAGCAUCAAAGAUGUUGGUGUUCAUGGCCUUGUAGUUCCUGAUGUUCCUCUUGAGGAAACUGAGAUGCUGAGGAAAGAAGCCCUCGAUAGCAAUAUCGAACUGGUCCUGCUUACGACACCGACCACACCAACAGACCGAAUGAAGAGAAUAGUCGAGGCUUCUGAAGGAUUUAUUUAUCUUGUGAGCUCAGUAGGAGUGACCGGUGCACGGACAUCUGUAAGUGGAAAGGUUCAGUCGCUCUUGCAGGAAAUCAAACAGGCAACAACUAAGCCAGUGGCUGUAGGUUUCGGCAUCUCAAAGCCUGAGCACGUCGAACGGGUUGCUGGAUGGGGAGCUGAUGGAGUGAUCGUCGGAAGUGCAAUGGUUAAACUGAUUGGGGAAGCAAAGUCGCCCGAGGAAGGGCUUAAGGAGCUUGAGAGUUUCACCAAGUCCCUCAAAUCUGCUCUUCCCUGAAACCCAAAAGACAAUUCUCCUGCAUUUGUUUCCUUUGUAUACAUGUCGAACAGAUUCUUUUACCAGUGCCAUCAUUCUGCUUCGUGAAAUUUUAUAAAAGGAUUCCCAUCAUUUGGAUCUGCCAAAA